UCUACAAACUGCACGCAUUAAAACUAGUAAGCUCUGAAUCGUGGAGAAAUCAGAAUAAGUGUGGCCACAGGUUGGCACUGUCUGACAGCGUAGUCUCUGGGUCUCUCCCCCCAUGAUAAGGGCAGUCUUAUUAGUUGCUUGUUUGUCCGUCCGGAGACUCACUUCGUUGCUGUUCCUUUUGUUGCACAUUUGUUUUCUCGACAGACUUUUGGAUAUCACAUCAUCACAUCUGCAGAGCCACAACACAUUUCCUUCAACAGUUCAUCACUCAGCACUUUGAGGACAACUUGGAUGACAAAUUGAAAAGAAUAAGAAAAGAAAAGGAAAAGGAAAGUUAAGUGUGUGUGUGUGUGUGUGUGUGUGUGUUCAUUGAGUGACUGAAAAGUGAGAGAGGCAGCUUGAAGGUGUGUGUGUGUGUGUGUGUGUGUGUGUGUGUGUGUGUGUAUGUGUGCGUGUGAUCCACUGCAGCAGCAUGUUGCCACCUGUGAAGAAGGACCGGGUCAUUACUCAGCUGCCAAGAUGCUUUAGUCCACAUGCAGCGCUCCACACCAAAGACGGCUUCCAUCCACAGGUGAAGGCCGUCUGCCAGGUACAGAAGACGGCCACAGUGAACUUCAACAUCGCCAAGGUCAUUGUAGUGGGAGACGUUGCAGUUGGGAAAACAUGUCUGAUUAGCAGGUUCCGUAAGGGUGCGUUUGAUAAGAACUACAAAGCAACCAUUGGGGUGGAUUUUGAGAUGGAGCGUUUUGAGGUGCUUGGUGUUCCCUUCAGUUUACAGCUGUGGGACACAGCAGGUCAAGAGCGCUUCAAAUGCAUCGCUUCAACAUACUACAGAGGAGCACAAGCCAUCAUCGUGGUGUUCGACCUAAGCAGUGUGAGCUCUUUAGCACAUGCCAGGCAGUGGCUGGAGGACGCCAUGAAGGAAAAUGACCCAUCCAGCGUUUUACUUUUCCUUGUUGGGACCAAGAAGGACCUCAGUUCGCCUGAUCAGUUGUCUCAGAUCGAGCAGGAAGCCAUCAGACUGUCAGAGGAAAUCAAGGCAGAGUACUGGGCUGUUUCUGCAAAGUCAGGGGACGGUGUCAAGGAUUUCUUCUUCCGCGUGGCUUCUCUGACUUUUGAGGCCAACGUUUUGUCUGAGCUGGAGAAAAAUGGAUCGAGGCACGUUGGUGACGUCAUCAGGCUCACAGAGAGCACAGAGGUCGAUCGCACACCCACCAAGAGGAAGUCCAACUGUUGCUGACGACGACAAGAGAAAACGGAUGACCUGGAUACUCUGUAACUGUGACACAAGGAGAGAAUUAAACUGAAAUAAUGACUCAGCAUGCUCAGUGUGGAUGCAGUGAACACACCCCAGAGAAAGUGAUGUCAUGUGUUCUGCCUGAGAGGAAGUUGAAAGUUUGACAUAAUGAAGAUGUCAGUCAGCAGAGUGAGCAGCGUAGUGUCCUCUCAGGAAUGCUUGCAUCGCUGGCCGGGAAUACAACAAGUAAAGCUUUGUGAUACGCUAGGUAAACAUUUAUGAAAAGAUUAUUUUGCAGUUGGUAUUUUAUUAAACUGCACUUUGUUGAUGCGUUCAUAAACAUGUCUGUCUGUCUGAAGCAACAUUUAUCUCCUGUUAUUAGAGAAAAAUGUACUAGGAGUUUGUUUUUUUGGUUUCCUCGCUGGCAUCCUCUCAUGUGUCUGUGCUCCUAAUGUGAUGCGUACGCCGACUCCCAUGACCACAUUCAUACCCACAAUGCACCUCCUUCCUCUGACAUAAGGGCUCUCAUGAUCUUAAAAAUGGAGGGAUUGUUUGUAAGUUACAUCUGAGGCUAAUUGAUUCCCUCACUCAGUCAGUCAGUCAGAAGCGAUGUGUGUUUUCACAAGCCUGCUUAUGUCUACUAUUAAAUAUAGAUAUACCUUUAUCACAGCUCAGAUUAUGAGUUGUAAAUAAACUGGUUUUGAUCA